AAUACACACCGUCCUCAUCGCAGCACAGUAGUACGGGCUGACGCGCGAUCACAUAUCCGAAGCGCUAGAGCGGCCGAGAGAUCCCCCUGCGUGUGUGCGUCUCGAGUGAUGGAGAAGCAUUGUUUUUAUUCUUAAAUCUACCGCUCACUAGCGUUACAUUCGGGAGGUUGAUCGUCGUCCGCCAGGCUUUACCUUUACGGGACAUCUACUGGGAAAACUGCCCAACUAUGGAUUGCCUCAUUGAAGUUGGGCCACCCGAUCCUGUCUCCGCCUAGACAACUGACCCAAGAUUUAUAGGGAAAGGCAUAAAAGGAAUGUUGUGUUACCUGCGUUACCGUUUAUUAGAAAUCCUCGCUACUUGUCAUUAAUAGUUUUCAUUGCCAAUGUUCAAAUCUGUGUAUGCGUAAAAAAAAAGGACACGGGCAUCUAGUAUCCGCAACCUGGUACCUGCGGAUAUGCAGUGCGCUAUAUAUUUAUAAUUGACAUCUGUUUUUUGGAAAUAUUUUUCGUGUUAUUAUAUUUUCUGCGGGUGCAAAAGUGUACACGUUGUGCGCGGAUCGUUUUUGAACAAGUAGCCUAGGAAGUGCGCUCAUUGCAGAUCCCACCAUCCACGUUUUUCGCCAUAGGCCUACCACUGUAGUGCAAUUGACAACACAGUGUCCAUUAGGCUACUGUUUUAAGGAGGAACACAUAUCGCCAUCCUAGGAUUUAGCCAUGGCUUUACCAGACAGCAGCAUCCCCGGGGACGAAGUUGGCUUCCCAGAGAUUAUUGAGCUGAACGUCGGUGGCCAAGUGUACAUCACGCGCUAUUCUACCCUCACUAGCGUGCCAGACUCUCUCCUGUGGGACAUGUUCAGUCAGAAGUCGACCAAAGGACUGGCCCGGGACACGAAAGGCAGGUUCUUUGUGGACCGCGACGGCUUCCUGUUCCGUUACAUCCUGGACUACAUGCGGGACCAGCAGCUGGUUCUCCCGGACCACUUCCCCGAGCGAGGCCGGCUGCAGCGCGAGGCCGAGUUCUUCAACCUGCCCGAGCUCGUCAAGCUCCUGGCGCCCAAAAUCAGCAAGCAGAACUCCCUGGGGGACGAGGGCUGCCAGAGCGACCCCGAGGACGCCUCCCCCGGGCUGGAGACCGGCCGCCACAUGGGCUCCCUGGGGGCGGCGGCGGCGGCGGCCUGCGCCAGCCUGGUCCCGGGAGGCCUGGACGCCAGCAAGCGCUCGGGCUUCAUCACCAUCGGCUACCGGGGCUCGUACACCCUGGGCCGCGACAGCCAGACCGACGCCAAGUUCAGGCGGGUGGCGCGCAUCAUGGUGUGCGGGAAGACGUCCCUGGCCAAGGAGGUGUUCGGCGAGACCCUGAACGAGAGCCGGGACCCCGACCGCCCGCCGGAGCGCUACACGUCGCGCUACUAUCUCAAGUUCACCUUCCUGGAGCAGGCCUUCGACAAGCUGGCCGACUCCGGCUUCCACAUGGUGGCCUGCAACUCCACGGGCACCUGUGCCUUUGCCCACGAGCAGACGGACGACAAGAUCUGGACCAGCUACACUGAAUAUGUGUUCUACCGUGAGUGACACCCCCCCCCCCCCCCCCCCCGGCCUUAUUCUCCCAGGGCCACCCCCACCCCGCCCCGACCUCACCCUUCACCAUCCUCUCAGCCACAAAGUGCCCCCCCUCCGGCCCCCUUCUCGAUCCUCCCUGCCCAACUCUACGCGUCCCGUGGUCCUCCUGAGCUCGGGCGGCACCGGUAGACGACGUUCUCCAUCUCCUCUCCUCCUGGAAUCCCUCAGUUCCCCGCCCGCAGACCUCUGCCUGUAGACACGUGAACCUGCAACCACACCGUCUCCGCCGUCAGCUGAAUCCUCUCCAGGUGAACCCUGCGACCCCCCCCCCCCCAGCAUUCCUGCUCCUCCUCAUCCUCCUGCUCUUCCUCCUCCUCCUCCUCCUCAAAUCCCCUUCCCAUCCAGGCAGGGUGCCCUACUUCUAAGCCCCAGCUUCUGUCUCCUUCCAAAUGAAAACCAGCCCCCAAAAACUCCAGCCUCACAUCCAUCUCCAGAAUCCCUGACUGCUGGAAUCCUACAACCCAAACCUUUUCCUCUUGCAAAGACUUGAUUUUCUUCUGUGUACUUUCCCCCCCCCUGCGUUUGCGUCGACCAAGCACAAUGCUAUAUCUGAUAGACAGUGUGUCAAAACGAACCUCCUGUGUUGCCGUGUGACUUUAGCGCCUGUCAUAAUAGAAAAGGGCUUCAAAGGGUGCCAGAGAUCUGCAGUGCUAUAGUUGUACAGUACCGUCUCCGCUUACUCCAGCAAAUCAGUCUCUCUCUCUCUCUCGCUCUCUCUACUCUGAACUAAAUUACCAAAUAAUUGGACAUCUUAUCAGCCAUGAGGGAUGGGAACAGCACCCAGCACAAGAAAGAAGAGGGACACGAAAAUCUUUUUUUUUCUCUUCAAUUUGUAUUAAAUGUGUCCCUUAACAUUUAAUAUAUGUUUAUUUUAUUUUUCUUAUUUUCUGCGAACAGACCAUAGCUGCACUGUUCUAUGAUUGAUUGUUGUCCUAGGGGUUGUUUUUGUUAAGGCUGUGCUUAUUAAGCCGCAAGGACACAAAGCAAUUCAGUCUUUUUUUUAUGUUAACGGAUGACACUGGUGUACGCACCUUUUGAAUUGUGCUACAAUAUCUGCGAAAAGUGGAAGAAACAAUGAGUGCUGCCAGUUGCCACAUAAGGAGUAUGUAUUGAUUGUCCACUGGAGAAUCCAGUAUUUUAAUCAGCUAGGGGGUGUGGGGGAGAGAGAAAAGGUGUUCUAUCACAUUCAGCCCCCUGCACUCUCUCUUCAGGCUCUCUCUGUGUAACCCUGCGUUGUCGCGUUACAUUGUUUAAUCAUGAGAAAAAGUCAAGGUUUGUGCCACAAGAAAUACGUUAAACGUAGACUUGGCAGCCCACCUUAUUCCACUGUUGAGUGUUCUGUAAUCAUUAAUGCUAUUGAUGACCCUUCAGUUCAGUAUUACAGUUAUAGCUUCUGCAUAUUUGAUGUUUGCUCUCGCUUACUGAAAAAGAAUGCCCAUGGGAAGGAUACAAUAACAUUGUAACACCUAUAAUAAUAUCAUAUAUAGCCGAUACGAGGGGUCUUAUUCACCAGCUGAGAGAGUAGGCUGUGAUGUGUUGGUGGUCCCGAGACCGGUUGUAGCAAAGAGUUAACAAGCACAGAUUUAAAAGGUGUAUUAUCAGGUAUAGCCUCAGGAUAGGUAUGCACAUCAUAUACCUCGUACACACGUGACAAGCGACAAUAUAAAAACACACCCAACACGAUUUCAACCUCCUCUCCCUUCAGACUGGUGAUAUUAGAGUGUAAGAGCAGAGUUAGCAGGUAGACAAAGUGUUCUACGAGCUAAGUCCGAGCAGGAGAGAACAGACUGAGCGCGAGGUAGACUUUCCGUGGAGAAAGUGGCAGGGAGGUUUGACCGCGUAGGUUUUAAUUUGAGCCAUGGUGUGAGCUGAGAGGUCAUAGCCAUGGUAGAGUUACUGACAGUGAUGAUAAACGUGUUCUUCAAUGUCUACAGCCAGACGGGCGAGCCCUCUGUUUUACAGUGACACAGAGCUCUGUUGACGUGACGGCUCCAUAUAUAUAUUAGGUUGUAGCUACGUGGUCUGGCCUCAGAGACAUACAGCAACAUACUAGUGAAGUGUUUAAUGGGAAAUUGAUACUGAUAUUUGUUGAAUAAAAGUCAUUUUUCCAUUUUUUUUCUCUGUAUCUCCAUUUAUGCAUUUGCCAACAUAAAUGCUGUAUUGACUGAUUAAAAAGUGAACUUAU